UAGAACCGGCGCGAAGAGGCGAUUCCACUCCCUUCGAAAUUCUCACAAAGAAGUCAUUCGAAAAUCCAACAAAAUUCAAGAUACCCAGAAAUAAAAAAAUAUUCUUUCCGGCUAAAAUAGUUGGCUAAAAUUGAAAUAACGGACUGUACAGUUGGCACAUCAAACAUGUAAUUGUCAAUCGAUCAAAUAAAUAUUGUUCCAAGAUAUAUCGACUCUUGCGCAGAAUCGAGGCUUCGUAAGUAUCAGGUGUUGGGUAAAACUGACUACUAAAUAUAUACGCCGAGGCACGCGGUCUUGCUACCAAUUUGGAUUUUUAGUAGAAAUCCCAAAGCCUGCAGUUACAAAAUAUCAUUUCCAUUCUCGAAUAAUGAAUCGUCCAAUUAAGAACAAUCACCACUGAAUUACUCGAAAAUCAAUGAAUCUAAAGUACAAUUAAUAAAUUCCAGUUAAUAUACAAGUUAAGUUAAUUUAAUUUAUAUAAUGAAUUGAAGUGUGAAGUGAUUUGUGAAGUGAUUUGACCUAUCAAUAACUCACCUGUGUCAUCAGUCAAUUUUUUAAGGAUUAUCGGUCAGGUAUUAAAUGUCCAGAAUAAAUAAUGGAUUUGACAAAGUCAGAGACAUUAACAACGUCACCCCUCACCCAACGAUUGUUCAUCAAACAAGAUCCACAGGAUGAAGAGGCAUCAGAUUGUCCACUUCUAACGCCAAGCCCUCCACUCGGUACCACCCCAGAUCCUCUCGAAACUCCAACAAUGUUCAAUCCCCUCGAGGACACUCCCUUAGAAAUGACACCAACGCCCACUUUGGAUAAUUUAAACUCUGAAGAAGGUCUCAAGGCAUUCAUCGACAUUGUCAACAGCAGCAACAAAAAGCACAUGAUCGAAGAAGAGCCUAGUUCACGUGACCCCAUGGUGGAGUCCAGCAGUAGCGAGGAGAGCAGUAGUGUCACCAAGGAACCAGUUUGCACGCAAUUGUUGACGCAGUUGAACACUGCGUAUCAACAUUUAGCUCCAGAUGCACAAGCAAUCUUUUACAAUCAGGAGACAAGUGGUAAACCACCACUGGUUGGAAUUCAACUGGUGGUGCCAAAGCCACCAAAGGAUUACAGUUUCACGAGGUGGAAUUGGCCAAGAAUACGUCAAACAUGCUUUUGGUUGAUGGUUUGCCUGAUGAUAUUGAGCACAGGACUUGUCAUCAGACGAAUUGUAUUGAUGCCCAAAAAAUGUGCACCACCUACAGAAUGGUGGCAAGGUAAGCUUUUCUACGAAAUUUUUCCCGGGUCCUUUCAAGACACCACUCGAAACGGUGUUGGUGACAUACGCGGCAUCAUAACACGCAUGGAUUAUCUGAAGCACUUGGGCGUCAAAGCAAUCCGCUUGAACUCAAUAUUCUCCUCGUCCGGGUAUCCAGAGCACUACCAGAGUAUAACGAGCCUCACAAAAAUCGACCACAACUUGGGAUCGAUAGAGGAUUUCGAGGAGCUAGUCAAAGCUCUGCAUAAAAACGGAAUGAGUGUGAUUCUCGAUUUUCCUCUUCACCCUUUUGUGGCAGAAUUGAGGGGGGGAUUGAUGAAGAGGACGGAGGCGAAGGCUCCAGCAAUGGAGAAGACAGAGGGAAGACGCAGAAGGAAUAUUGCAAGCGAAUCUACGACAACAACCCCAAAAACAGAAGGAUAUUCUGUAGUUAUGAAAAACGAAACGACAACAAUCCCAUUGCUACCCCAUAACAUCACCAAUGAUGAGCCAAAAUCCGAGAGAUACGUAGCUUCCAAUUCUGUGGAUCCAAAUCAAGCUGAGCACGAAGUGACAAAAGCUCUGAAGUACUGGUUACGAAAAGGAGUAGAUGGAUUUUACUUAAAGGGACUGGAGCACUACGUCAACGAUGUUCACUUUGUCCAUCUCCUGGAGGACUGGAGAGACAUCUUGGGAUAUCAGAAGAUCUUAAUAUGCAAUUGGAAGACUCUUCAAAUGGCGAAGUCGGAAAUCGUUAGGAAAACGAUCAUCGACUCGAUGAAUCUACUGGACGUGACGUUGAAGGUGUCUAAUGGAACGAAGGAUAUAAAGCGACAGGUUGAGCUAAUUACAAAGAGUGAUUUGUUGAGAGAGCCUGGUAUCGAUCAUCCUUGGAUACACUGGUCAAUUGGAAGUGUCGAGACUGAUAGAGUUAUCUCUAGUUUACCAGUGAAAAAUGCCAGUGCUGCUGUUACUAUGAUGGGGAUGAUGCUGCCGGGAACGCCUAGUAUUUUUUACGGUGAUGAGAUUGGCAUGAAGGAUUGCAGUUGUGAAGAUCACAGUGACCUCCAACAUCGCCACAAUAUCCCCCCGAUGGCCUGGGAAGCUGUGAAGGACUCCAUCGAGAGAUUCUCAUCGUCUAACGUUAUGCCCUGGCUCCCAGUUACCCCUCCAGACACCCCCAGCAGCAUGACCGAGGCAGUAGUGGUAAUGUCCCACUUGCGACAGACGACUACACCUAUUUUCGUCGAUACAGCACUCAAGCAUGAUCACACCAGCGUCAAUUGCAACGUCAGAUACGCUAAUGAUGAACUCAUCGUGAUCGAGAGAUGGUAUCCUCGUCAGAAUACUUAUGUUCUUGUCGUGAAUUUGGGAAAUGUGAUUCAAGUGAAGGAUUUAUCAUCACUUUAUUACGAUGGAAGAGUGGUCAGUGGUCCCUCUAAUAAAUUAAAUCAAAGUAUUUACUUUCGCGAAUUCGUCAUUGCACCUGGCGAAGCAUUUUUAAUAAAACUUGAAAAAUGACCCGUUAUUUAUAUCUAAAAAGUUGAUUUAUAUUGGACUCAUAAUUUUGUUGACCGGUCAACACAAUUUGUUACGAUGGCACAGAUCAAUGAUUUGCUCAAUUUUUCCGUAAUAAUCUGAUGAUCAAUACUGUACGAUGCAGUGAUAAAGCAGAGCCAACAUUUUCAUCAUUAUGAUGCUGUGUUGGAGCUCAAUCAAGGUGACAUUGAUUUACAUUUUUAAUCUUUGCAUUAUAUUUUUUUACUGAUGAACAUUUUAAACGGAAAAACGAUCAAUGAACCAACGAAUAUCUCGAUACUUAUCAGACUUGAUUGUUCGAUAAAAUAUCUGUAUUUCUGAUGAACCAUUAAUUUUUAAUAGUUUAUUAUUACGAAAUAAAUUGAACUUGUUGAUAACAAA